AUGAUUACUACUGCUAACUGUGGUGGCAAAUCUGGACAAAGCAGGCCUGGACACAGCAGGCUUGACAGUGACGGCAGGCCCGGAAACAGGAGGCCUGGACAGAGCAGGCCCGACAGUGGCGGCAGGCCCGGUCAAAGGAGGCCUGACUGCUGUAGGCCCGGUCAAAGGAGGCCCGACGGUGGCGGCAGCAGGCCCGGUCAAAGGAGGCCCGACGGCGGCAGCAGGCCCGGUCAGAGGAGGCCCGAUAGCAGCGGCAGGCCCGGCCAAAGGAGGCCUGACGUCAGCGGCGGAAGGCCUGGCCAAAAGAGACCCGGCAGCGGCGGCAGUCCCGGCCAACGGAGGCCCGACGACGGUGGCAGCAGGCCCGGCCAGCGGAGGCCCGACGGCGGUGGCGGCAGGCCUGGCCAGCGGAGGCCCGACGACUGUGGCGGCAAGCCUGGCCAGCGGAGGCCCGACGACUGUGGCGGCAAGCCCGGCCAGGGGAGGCCCGACGGCGGCGGCGGCAAGCCCGGCCAGCGGAGGCCAGAGGGCGGCGGCAAGCCCGGCCAGCGGAGGCCCGAGGACGGCGGCGGCGGCAAGCCCGGCCAGCGGAGGCCCGAGGACGGCGGCGGCGGCAAGCCCGGCCAGCGGAGGCACGAGGACGGCGGCGGCGGCAAGCCCGGCCAGCGGAGGCCCGAGGACGGCGGCGGCAGGCCCGGCCAGCGGAGGCCCGACGACGGCGGAAGGCCUGGACACCACAAACCCGGCAGCAGGCCCAUCAAUGGUGGUAGGCCCACAUACAGCUACAACAAUAUCAAGCCUGGCCACGGUCAAAGCGGAAGGCCUGGACACAAUAGGCCAGAUCAAGGCGGCAAGCCAUGUGACACCGACAAUCCUGAACAUGGUCAAAAUUCAGAGAAUGACCAUGGCCACAACAAGAACUAUAGCAAGCCGGGACAGAGCAUCCCGGAUCAUGGCGGCAAGCCGGAACACGGCGGCAAGCCGGAACACAGCAUGCCGGGACACGACAGGCCGGACCAUGGCGGCGGGCCGGGACACAACAGGCCGGACCAUGGCGGCGGGCCGGGACACAACAGGCCGGACCAUGGCGGCGGGCCGGGACACAACAGGCCGGACCAUGGCGGCGGGCCGGGACACAGCAAGCCGGACCAUGGCGGCGGGCCGGGACACAACAAGCCGGACCAUGGUGGCGGGCCGGGACACAGCAAGCCGGACCAUGGCGGCGGGCCGGGACACAGCAAGCCGGACCAUGGCGGCGGGCCGGGACACAGCAAGCCGGACCAUGGCGGCGGGCCGGGACACAGCAAGCCGGACCAUGGCGGCGGGCCGGGACACAGCAAGCCGGACCAUGGCGGCGGGCCGGGACACAACAGGCCGGACCAUGGUGGUGGGCCGCGAAACAGCAGGCCGGACGACGACGGUGGGCCCAAACAAAUGCCUGACGCUCAAUGA